CGUUGGUCCGUACGUUUCAUUUUAGACUCUUAUUUUGAAAAACAAGCAGCCACCCGGAAUCACAUGCCCUCUUCUCAGGAGUUGUGUCAACGGAGCUGACUUAUUCGCUUCCAUGUCCACUUUAACUAAAGUAAUGUCGAAGUUUCGUCUGGCUGUGGUCCAGCUGCAGGUGACCAGCGUCAAAGCGGACAACCUGAGCAGAGCCCGCAGGCUGGUGAAGGAGGCCGCAGGACAGGGCAGCCAGGUGGUGCUGCUGCCGGAAUGCUUCAAUUCUCCAUACGGGACCAGCUUCUUCUCCACGUAUGCAGAGAAGAUCCCUGGAGAAUCCACCCAGGUGCUGUCGGAGGCAGCCAAGGAGAAUAAGGUGUAUCUAGUGGGAGGAUCCAUCCCUGAAGAGGAUGGCGGGAAGUUGUAUAACAGCUGUACGGUGUUUGGCCCUGAUGGAGAGAUGAUUCUUAAGCACAGGAAGAUUCACCUGUUUGACAUCAACGUUCCAGGGAAAAUCUGCUUCCAGGAGUCUGAGACGCUGAGUCCAGGCAACAGUUUGUCGAUGUUUGACACACCGUUCUGUAAAGUGGGUGUGGGGAUUUGCUACGACAUAAGGUUUGCAGAGCUCGCCCAGCUCUACAGCAGGAAAGGAUGUCAGCUGCUGGUUUACCCCGGAGCCUUCAACAUGACCACUGGUCCGGCCCACUGGGAACUGCUGCAGAGGGGGAGGGCAGUUGAUAACCAGGUGUAUGUGGCCACGGCGUCGCCUGCCAGAGAUGAAAGUGCCUCUUACGUGGCCUGGGGUCACAGCACGGUGGUAAACCCAUGGGGAGAAGUCCUCUCCAAGGCUGGCCCAGAGGAAGCAAUCAUUUACGCAGACAUCGACCUGCAGUACCUGGCCGACAUCAGGCAGCAGAUUCCCAUCUCGACCCAGCGUCGGGACGACCUCUACGCUGUGACCUCAGUACAGGAGGGAUCCAGCUGAGCGGCGGUGAAACGCUGUGAAAGGAGGAAAUCCUCAUAGUUUGGUUCUUUGAAAGCAGUUUGAUCAGUUAAUGUGUAACUUCAUUCAUUUGAUUGGCUGAGUACCAGUCUGAGGGAGCUAUGCUCCUCCCAGCAUGCACUGGAGCACAAGAUUCAUGGACUUCACCUCCUGGAUUUUACGACUGGUUUGUGCUACGCUGUGCUACAUAAAAGUUGUUAAAACAGUUCUUCAGUUUAUUAUUUAAUUACUUUCAGUUCAGUUGUGAGAAUCUUUUCUCUCCCUCACUUUGUACAUUUUCAAGUAUGCGUAAUGCUGAUAAUUACAACAGAUCAUAAUGAUUUCUCAGUCACCAGCAUAGUCCAUAAGCUACGCUUUUUCAUCAUUUUUGUGGCAAACUGAACGGUUUGUGUCAAACUAUCAGCUGACUGUCAUGUCUGUCAGUUUUCAGGUUUAUGGUCAAGAACAGAAACUGCAGGUUCAUUUUAAACUGAUUUCAAAGACCCAGGAAGUCCAGAUGUCAAAUUGUUUAAGGAUUCUGUUCCCAAUAAUUUACCCUCAGAAAGGCAGGAUCCCAAAGAGACACGAUACAUAUUCAUUAAUACACAGGACGAGAUGUUACAGGUAGGAUUAAAGGUACAGCGCAAACUAUUCACCGUACCUCGGCUGCAGCUUGGUGCACAACUAUAUCCCGACUGUGAAAUAAAAGACUCUUAACUGUGUUGAUUGUGGAAACAAGAUGUGGUUUGGAAAGUCACUGGCUGCUGGUUGAUUUCAGUGUACUAACGCUGCCUUGGUCUGAACUGAACUGUGAUUUACAGAAAAGCUUAAAAGGUUUCGUGUUCUUGUUAAUGUUACUACAUUUCUCCAU